AUGGGAGAGUUAAGAAAAGCAGAAGGCUAUCUUCAGGCUCCUAUUGUGAAGCACAGAACCGGCACCCUGGCCACAGCACCUUCUUUAUGCAGCACCCGCUGGUGCGCGAGAUGGAGUCUGGAGCCUGCAGCAAAGAGGCAAAGUCAGGAAGCCUGUCAGCCAAAGUCCCUGCUUACCUGUCACACGAUUUAUGAUAAACAAGGACGACGGAAAAGAUGUCCCAAUCGGCUAGUUUCUGCCUUGGUUGAGAAUCACAUCAACAGCAACACUCCCCUUCCCAGAAGAGAGAGACAGCGCCGGGGCAAGCACAACCUGGACGGGCACUGGGCGACUCUGUGCCUCGCGGAGGAAAAUCAGCUAAACACGGGCAAAGGAGAUCCUAGGAAGCCAAGAGGCAAAGUGUCCUCAUAUGCAUUCUUUGUGCAAACCUGCCGGGAGGAGCACAGGAAGAAGCACAGGAAGAAGCACCCGGAUGCUUUUGUCAACUUCUCAGAGUUCUCCAAGAAGUGCUCAGUGAGGUGGAAGACCAUGUCUGCUAAAGAAAAGGGGAAAUUUGAAGAUAUGGCAAAGGCUGACAAGGUUCGUUAUGAAAGACAAAUGAAAACCUACAUCCCCUCCAAAGGGGAGACCAAAAAGAAGUUCAAGGACCCCAGUGUACCCAAGAGGCGUCCUUCGGCCUUUUUGUUCUGUUCUGAGUACCACCCCAAAAUCAUAGGAGAACAUCCUGGCUUAUCCAUUGGUGAUGUUGCAAAGAAACUAGGAGAGAUGUGGAACAACACUGCAGCGGAUGACAAGCAGCUUUAUGAGAAGAAGGCUGCCAAGCUGAAGGAGAAGUACGAGAAGGAUAUUGCUGCCUACAGAGCUAAAGGAAAACCUGACGCAGUGAAAAAGGGGGUGGUCAAGGCUGAAAAGAGCAAGAAAAAGAAGGAAGAGGAAGAUGAUGAAGAUGAUGAGGAGGAUGAAGAGGAAGAAGAGGAAGAUGAAGAUGAUGAAUAA